UAUGUUACAAGGUUAUUUUAUUCGUGGUAGUCUCUCUGCCCCAAUAUAGUUGCUCUCCCAAAGAAUAAGGGGUUUGCUACUUCAUUAUUUUUUUUGUGAGAUUUCUUAGUGUGAAUUCACUUGUUUUAUUGACUAUUGUUCUCCCUUGGAUCACUGUUAACUUUGUUUAAGUAAGGUUAAAAAGUGUUGUUCAACUUUUACCUCUGCGCCCAUGGAAAUUUCCAAACUCUGCCAAUGCCAGAAGUAUGGUUUUCAAGAAACAAUUGUCCUUUUCACAAAAAACAGUUCUGGCUUGUUCCAUAAACUGUCCGCUCAUUGCUUUGGUGUUACUAUGUGGGCCACUUCUUCAAUCUAACAUCCUUUUGUUCUUGCUUCAAGUUACCAACUUCUUCAAAACCUGUAAUUUAUCCUGAGGUUGUACUUGGAGAUUGGAAUGGUGGCUUUGGCUUUGAUGCUGCAGCUGCUGAAGCUCUACAUCACUGGCUUUGCUGUGACAGCCCAAGAAUCCAACGGGUCCAUUAUAUCUCCAUCUCCAGCAUUUUUUCCUGUCAUUCCUCCUAGAGUAGGAACACUUGGUCCUAUUUACCACGGAGAGGGAAGCAAAGCACCAAACGUACCACCAGAUGGAGAUGGGUUUGUCAUAUCCUCAUCUCCAGCUAGCUUACAUGUGUAUCUUUCACCUAGCUCUCCAACAAUGCCAAAUGAUUUUAAUGAUCCAGGGCCAUUUCUUCAGCCUCCAAAGACAUUCCCACCUCCAACAGCUGCUCCAACCCCUCAGAAGAUUAAAGACAUUGAACCAUUCAAAUCUCCAAGUCCAAGCAGUAUAGCAUUAUCACCACCAUAUGAGGUUGUUCCCUCACCAUCAGCAGUUCAAGGGAACAAGCCACCAUCUGUAAAUACAAGUCCACCUCAGAUGAAAGUACCUUCUGUUAGGCCUCCUGUCUCCACACCAACUGCUCCAGCCCCUAUAGCAGUUAAUUUGACAAAAGAAUCACCUGUCAGCCAGCCUCCAGAACAUGGAGUUUUGGCACCAAUUGUUCACCAAAGGAAUGCAAGUAUGGGUCACAACUUGGAGCCUGCUCAACCAGCCUCAGUUGCUAUACCUCCCACAACUCACAAAUUAAAAACAAUGGACAGAGAACCAACACAGCAUGGAAGCAUUCCGCCUAAUGUUCAUAAAAGCAUUACAAAUAAAGGUCACACUUCUGAGCCAGUUUCACCGGAAUCUGUUGCAUCCCCACCAAGGAAAGUGGAAAAUAACCCACCAGAGGCCCACCCUAUUGUCCCAACAACAACUCCAUCCAUAUUACCUGUUGCCUCUCCCACUCCUUUGAGAAGCAUCAAUUGGAAGAAAGGUGGAGCACCAGUUGUUGCCCCUUUGUCCAGAAAUCCAAAGCCAUUUCCAGCUGUAAUACACUCCCAUGCUCAAGCUCCCGCAGCACAAAACGCGUGGCAAUUACAUCAUGCUCCCGAGCCAUUGAUUUCACCUCCUAAAUCUCCUUCCAAUAAAGAAUAUCAUUCUCCUAUGAUGUCACCUUCGACCUCAUUUUAUAAGCAUCCUCGUACAGGAGAAGCAAUUCCUCCCUUAUUGCCACCAUCAAGUGGACAAAGACAUCAUGCUCCACCACCAAUGAACUCAAGUUCCUCUAUAAGUACUUCAGUUUCCCCAUUGUCUUCCCCUAUUCAUUCACACAUGGACCAAGUUUCACCUGCUAAUUCUCCAUCAAUCAAAUUUGCACCUCCCCCAACCAGAAUACCUCCAUCUGAGUCUUCUUCAAAGAGACCCAAGAUGCCAAUACUGCCUCAAGUUCAAGCACUGCCACCCCCACCUCCUAAUGAAGAUUGUUUAUCAACAGUGUGCACAGAACCUUAUACAAAUUCUCCGCCUGGAGAACCUUGCAGAUGCGUCUGGCCCAUGCGCAUUGGUCUUCGCCUUAGUGUUUCUCUCUAUACCUUCUUCCCUUUGGUUUCAGAACUAGCUUCUGAAAUUGCCACUGGGGUUUUCAUGAAACAAAGUCAAGUUCGCAUUAUGGGAGCAAAUGCAGCAGACCAACAACCUGAGAAAACUGUUGUCCUUAUUGAUUUGGUGCCACUUGGGGGAGAGUUUGAUAAUACUACAGCCUUUUUGACUUCUGACAGAUUUUGGCACAAAAAGGUUCUUAUAAAAGCUUUCUACUUUGGAGACUAUGACGUGUUAUAUGUGACUUAUCCAGGUUUACCUCCUUCUCCUCCUUUACGUCCUUCAAGCCUUAACAUCUUCGAUGGUGGUCCAUAUUCCACUAAUGGCAGUAAUGGAGGGAAAAUAAAGCCCUUUGGGGUUGACAUACAGAAGAAACAUCAUAAAGGUGGACUUAGUAGAGGCAUAAUUGCCAUCAUAGCUGUUACAGUUUCUUUAGCAGUUGUUUUAUGUGCUUCUGCUGCCUGGUUCAUGAUCAAGUUCAGAGAUCAUGUUAAUCAGCCAGUAUCAACCCCACGGCAGCUUUUGCCACCUUCUCUCACAAAAGAACCAGACAUGAAUUUCAUAGGCACUGCUGGAUCACUUAGAAGUGGGGGAGUUGGUUCAGUUUCCACAUCAUUUCGAUCUAGCAUUGCUGCUUAUACAGGAUUUGCUAAGACUUUCGGUAUGAAUGACAUUGUGAAAGCUACUGAUAAUUUUCAUGUUUCAAGAAUACUUGGAGAAGGCGGUUUUGGGCGCGUGUACAGCGGUAUCCUUGAAGAUGGGAUGGAAGUGGCAGUGAAAGUUCUAAAGAGGGAGGACCAUCAUGGCGAUCGUGAAUUCUUAGCUGAAGUUGAAAUGCUUAGUCGUCUUCACCAUAGAAAUUUGGUCAAGUUAGUUGGUAUAUGUACUGAAGACAGCUUCCGCUGCUUGGUUUAUGAACUCAUUCCAAAUGGAAGCGUGGAAUCCCAUUUACAUGGGGUUGAUAGGGAAAACAGCCCACUUGAUUGGGGUGCCCUGAUGAAGAUAGCUCUUGGUGCAGCUCGUGGUCUAGCUUACCUGCACGAAGAUUCAAGUCCCCGUGUUAUACAUAGGGACUUCAAGUCUAGCAACAUAUUGUUGGAAGGUGAUUUUACACCUAAAGUAUCUGAUUUUGGCUUGGCUCGAACAGCAACAGAUGAGGAGAAUAAACACAUAUCAACACGCGUCAUGGGAACUUUUGGUUACGUGGCUCCGGAGUAUGCGAUGACUGGCCAUCUUCUUGUCAAGAGUGAUGUUUACAGCUAUGGUGUUGUACUUCUAGAGCUUUUGACUGGAAGAAAACCUAUAGACAUGUCACAAUCUCCUGGACAAGAGAAUCUUGUCGCUUGGGCUCGUCCACUUCUCACAAGUAAAGAAGGAUUGGAUGCAAUGAUAGAUCCAUCUCUUGGAGCUGAUGUGCCUUUCGACAGUGUGGCUAAAGUUGCAGCCAUUGCUUCAAUGUGUGUGCAACCGGAGGUAUCAAACCGUCCUUUCAUGGGUGAGGUUGUGCAGGCUUUAAAACUUGUAUGUAAUGAAUGUGAUGAAGCAAAAGAAGAAACAGGCUCAAGAAGUUCUAGCCAGGAAGAUUUAUCUGUUGAUUUAGAUCUAGGAAUCAGCACUGUUUCUGGUCAGCCACCAGAUAAUUUCCAAAGCCAAUUCUCCCCUACUAACUUUGAUUCUGGAGUUGACAUUGAAAGAGGCUUGGCAGCAUCAGAACUGUUCAGUUCAUCAGCAAGAUUUGGCAGGGUGGAGUCUGGAUCAUUUAGAAGAAACUCUUAUUCAGGUCCUCUGAGAACCGGAAGAAGCCAAAAGUUGUGGCAGAUAAUUAGAAGUCUUUCUAGUGGCAGUGGCAGUGAACAUGGAACAAUGUUAAAGUUAUGAUCAUAUUCCCAUGAAGAAAUUGCAUUUUUUUGCUGGAUUUGUUAAUAUGCAGUUCAUAAUCCUAACUUUGCAAUAGGCAUUCACUCCACGGCUUGAGAGCCUUAUUAGGCUUAACUUGGUAAUGAAAGCAUGUUGUAGAUAGUGCCAUGCUUCUCAAUACACCACUUGUAUUUAAGUUUUUUUUUGGUGAGAUAGGAUGGUGCAAUUCUAAUUUUACAGAA